AUGCUUUUCUUUAAAACCCUUAUCUUUCUCUCUCUCUCUCUCUCUCUCUCUCUCUCUCUCUCUCUCUCUCUUCUCUCUCUCUCUAAACUUCUUUUUCUAUACUUCUCUCAACUAAAAACCUCUUCUGGAAGCCUCUUACAUGAAGUUUCAUACAUGAUUGCCAGAGAAAAGAAGACCCACAUAAUAGGGGAGACCCUCGUGAAACCCUGUGCACUGAAGAUGGCAAAAAUUGUGCUGGAAGAAGAGGCUGCGAAGCAACUGUCAGGUGUCCUUGUACAACGACAAUUCAGUUCAUGCCUCUGUCUCCCCAACAAUUUAUUCAUACCUCUGUGUCUCUCACAGUCUGAUCAUGCCUCUGUGUUUCUCUGUUCUUUUUCUCUUCUUCUCAAUGUCUGUCUGUGCCUCCCACAGUCAGUCUAUGCUGCCCUCAAACUGUCCAUCUCUCCUAUACUCUAUCUGUUCCUCUCUGUGAGUCAAGGUCUGUCCAGGCCUCCAUGUCUCCCACAAUCUAUGCCUCCCAUGGUUUUUUUACAUCUCAGUUUCUUCAUAAUCCUAUCUGUAGCUAUCUAUCUAUCUAUCUAUCUAUCUAUCUACUUUAAAAAUAAAUAUCUAUCUAUCUAUCUAUCUAUCUACUUUAAAAAUAAAUAUCUAUCUAUCUAUCUAUCUAUCUAUCUAUCUAUCUAA